AUGAUAUGUUCCCUACGUGGUUCUUAUCGGAGUCUUUAUCGUCGUAUCACGACGAAAGCAAACACUCGCGCCAUCGGAGAGAGUCAGACAGCGAGGGAUGCCCCGAGCGGGUGCAUCGAAAUGGACGACGCCGACUUCGCCGCGUGGAAGAGAUUCCACGAGAGAAGGGAGGUCUGGAUGCACCUCGCGAAGUGCGCGUGGUUCAUGGCGCUCUCCGCCAUGAUCAUCUGCUUCGCCGUGGGAAUCCCCAAGGCCGGCUUCGUCAUCAUGGCCUUCCUCGUCGUGGGACCUUUCACCGUCCUCCAGAUUCCGUUCCUCAUCGACAGCUUCGAUCGGCGCUACCGGAAGCCAAGGUGCCUUGCCGCGGGCGUGGAUCCUCAGCUGUACAUGCUCCCGAACGUGCCGUACCUCCUCGUGGAAAAGGGGAGCAUCCCGACCACGGGGCUGACGUGGCACGUGGAGGUGGCCGAGGAGGGCGCGGUGGGGGAGCGAGGAGCCAGGAGGAUCAAGUGUCGCGUGGACUGGGAUGCUCUGGGAGUGAUACGGGGGAAGUCCUGGCGCCUGGAGACGAUCGUCCCGAAGCCGGAUCAGGGGAAGCCUCCCUUCGUCCUCAAGUCGUGCUCUUGGAUUUUCUUGUCUUCGCUCGAUGCGGCCGUGGUCGUUCUCACGGAUUCUCCAGGAUUUCUUCCGUUUCACUGCAAUCUUGCACGCAGGACGCAUGCGCUCCCCCCUUACCCCGAGCCAGGGUCCACCGGUCCAAGCCUGGGUCCGAUCCUGUCCACCCUCUCGUCCGGCGUGGACCACCCGCAAGAAUCCUCCUGGAACACUCCUCUUCUCCCGCCCGACUUCCCUGCAACAUUCCAUUCUGAACCGCCUCCCAGUUACGACGAGGCGAUCAAAGUCCCCCCGCACUAUUGAACUCAACAAAGUGGCGAUUGGAGUGAAAUUCAUCGAAAAUUUUCAGUGAAACCAUUUUCGAUCGAUCAUCAUGGAUCAACGGCGAAGGAAUAAAGCCGCCCCUCCCCCCC